AUGGAAACCGAUACGGUCAUCGUCGUGCUCCUGGAUGACCUCCCUCAUGGCAAUGCUAAUUGGGUCUGUCUCACGGAAACAGGCAACGGGCCGUCGGCCAUGAUUCUUUCUUACAUUCUUCAUGGCUACAUUCCAUUUUACUCGCGCACCCCUCCACACCCCGACGCAUUACUAGAUGCCAAGUUGAAAGACGUACCCAGUCUCCUGAAUGCCGACGUUGAUGCUCUUACUGCCCAUUUUGCAGCUUCUCGACUUUCGUAUUCUACCCAGGCGCUCCCCGCUAAUGUCUUGUUCGAUACCCUUGUACGACCAAGCGUGGACGUUGAUGAGUCAGGCUGCACAUCCAAUGUCCAGUGGCGCUAUGAGCCCGAGAGAGCUAUUCCCCAUCUCGUCUUUGGAAAGUCGUUACACCCUGGUGGCCAGUGGACCGAAGAUCCUCAUGGGGCGAGCUGGGAUAUCCAGACGUUGAGCUAUGCCGCAAUGCUGUCGCUUCCUGGGUACUCUUUUAGUGACCAUCAUCGGAAAUUGACAGGAGAGGAGUUGCCACCUUUCACGCGUCCGACCAGACGCGAGAUUGCCGAUUAUUUUCAGGCCUACCCGGCGGCCGUUCGCAUCGAUGAUGUCUUCCGAUGCAAGGAAGAGUUGACUGGCAUUUCUCGUACCGCAAAUGGGUUUUAUAUCAAGUCUCAUGGCCUUCACUGCAAGCGAUUGGUGCUCGCAAGUGGAAUCUUCUCAGAAAUCUUACCGCCAGCAUCAGUGCUCCAGCCACUACUCCAAACCCAGUCGACGCCAUCUACUCCACUUCUCGUCAUUGGAUCCGGCUUCUCCGCGGCGGAUGCGAUUAUCUCUGCUGAUAGCAAUCAGAAGCUUCUCCAUGUUUUCAAAUGGUCCCCGGAAGAACGCCCGUCACCCCUCCGCAGCUGCCAUCAACAGGCGUACCCAGAGUACGCAGGUGUAUAUCGUCUCAUGAAGAGAGCUGCUGUUGUUGCGGAAGCUUCUGCUAAAAGUAAACGACCGAAGUACCGCCGUGGUACCCCGACUGCCUUCCUAGAAAGUAGGAAAUGGGACGAGGUGUACGAAGGCAUCUUCAACGUCGAGGUUACUACCGUCAAGGUCCAUGAUGGCAUAGGCGAAGUGACUUUUCGUCGCGAAGAUGGAACAACCUUCUCUCGGUCCGUGCAGGGCCUGGUCUACGCCGCUGGCCGGCGUGGCACCCUAAGCUAUUUGAAUUCAGAGCUCCGAUCCGAAGUUCUGGGUCACACUGAUGGCGACGGUACGGUCUCUGGCCAGACUCUUCGUGCGAAAGCCAUUGAAGAUGUGGAGGUUGCACCCAGCGUUUUUGCUAUUGGUAGCCUGACUGGUGAUUCUCUCGUGCGCUUUGCAUAUGGCGGCUGUAUCGCGACCGCGGGCCAUCUAAUUGGUGUCAAGGAGGAUUCAGGGGAAACCCGCAAUCCAUGUAGCAGAACCGUCUCCGCCCGGCAACAAACCUCGCCAUUGCAGGUCAUGAAUGGAAUAGAUGGCCACCAUGUAUUCGCUAGUAAUACAUCUGAGCUGACCAGGGAGGAGACUGCGUAUAGCAAGGUAUCGACGGUUGCAUCGCCGACCGCUCAGAGCUGGUGGAGAACGCUUGUACAUCUUUGGAAGGACUUAACACAAUAG